AUGUUUCUCAACCCGUUUGUUCGUUUCAACAAUCCGGACUUGAUCAUCUCACUCCAGACGAUCUACGCUCCAGCCUGCAGUGGUGGGCAGCUCCGAUCGAACGUCUUAGAAGGUGUCUCUAUGGCGGGCCUUCAUAGCCACUCAUCAAAACACCUAUUCGUCGACGCGUCACUGGAAGACCUGUUGACAAUACAAGCCCUCCUCGUCGCGGCGUUGAUGUCUCUGUCUGAUUCUGGGCUGCAUACCGAGAUGUCCACCGAAUCGACAGAUCCUGAACUGUGGUACGUGGCCUAUGUCGUGGUUGGAAUUGUCAUCUUCUUUUGUGCAGACUCAUGGAGCAGAAACACUGCACUACAUUACACGACUGGCGUGUCUGUGGGAAUCUUGGCAUCAGUUCUUAUUGCUUUGUUUGUCAUCAGCCGUUUUCUACCUCAGACAGUGCGUCGACUGACUUAUCUCAUCGGCAUGAUCGGAGGCUCUGUGUUUCUCUACUGCAUCAAGUUCAUCCAGACGGAGCUACAGGUCAUCCUAAAGGACUACUGGCAGUACGUCGUGGGAUACAUCGUCGUCUUCGGAUUCAUCAGUUUCGCUGUGGUGUACAAAUUCGGUCCCGUGACAAACCCGAGGACAUUGGACCUCGUGCGAUGGAUAUUACAGGGCACUGCCCUGUGUUUAGUUUACUCAGGAACACAGCUUCCCGAAGCCUCCGUAGCGAUUAUUAUUGUUAUGCUGUCGGUGCAUAAUUUUCCGAAAAAAGUUACACUCCUGUUUAAAAGAUUGAGGUAA